CACAGUGUUAGACAGUGGCCUAUUAGUAGCUGCGGGAGGUGGGGCUAUGGUGUCAGUGCUGGUCGUCGUCACACGUGAUCUGGCAGUAGUUCCAGGUGGUUACAUCGGGAAAUAGGAGAUCAUGACGCUCUACUGGAGGCUGAGUCUUCUGCUUCUGGCCCUAAGUGGUGUUGUGUGGCUGGCACAGGCAGAAGAUGAAGGGGAUGAUGAUGAUAUCAAUGUGGAGGAUGAGUUGGAUGCUGUAGGAGAAGGGGAAGAUGAGGGAGAAGAUGAUGGGGAGAAGACCCUUCCCCCACCUGCUGUCCCAAAGGUGGUCUACAAACCUCCAGAGCCCAUGGGCGAUCACUAUUUUGCGGAAUCAUUUGACAAGGGAACUCUGGACAGUUGGGUGUUGUCCAAAGCGAAGAAGGAUGGCAUAGAUGAGGAGAUUGCUAAGUAUGACGGAAAAUGGGCAGUGGAGGAAAUGAUUGACAGCCGUCUCCCUGGAGAUAAGGGUUUGGUGCUAAAGUCCCGUGCAAAGCACCAUGCCAUUUCUUCUCCAAUGCUGAGGCCCUUUGUCUUUGAUACCAAGCCAGUCAUUGUGCAGUAUGAAGUGAACUUCCAGACAGGUAUAGACUGUGGGGGCGCCUAUGUGAAGCUGCUUUCUCAGACUCCUGACCUUGACCUGGACCAGUUUGUAGACAAGACCCCUUAUACGAUAAUGUUUGGGCCAGACAAGUGUGGUGAGGACUAUAAGCUUCACUUCAUCUUCCGUCAUAAAAACCCCAAAACCGGCGAAUUUGAGGAAAAACACGCCAAGAAACCAGAUGCAGAUUUGCGCACCUACUACACGGACAAGAAGACCCACCUGUACACCUUGGUACUGAACCCAGACAACAGCUUUGAGAUGCUGGUGGACCAGCUGGUAAUUAACAGCGGGAACCUUCUGAAUGACAUGACCCCAGCAGUCAACCCCCCAGCUGAGAUUGAGGACCCAGAUGAUCACAAACCUGAAGACUGGGAUGAGAGACCCAAAAUCCAGGACCCGGAUGCAGUCAAACCUGACGACUGGGAUGAGGAUGCCCCAGCUAAGAUCCCAGAUGAGAAUUCUGUGAAGCCAGAUGGCUGGCUGGACGACGAGCCAGCAUAUAUACCUGACCCAGAUGCAGUUAUGCCUGAGGACUGGGAUGAGGAAAUGGAUGGAGAAUGGGAAGCCCCGCAGAUCCCCAACCCCAAGUGUGAGUCUGCACCCGGUUGUGGCACUUGGGAGCGACCCAUGAUUGACAACCCAAGCUACAAGGGCAAGUGGAAACCUCCAAUGAUCGACAACCCCAACUAUCAGGGUGUGUGGAAACCGAGGAAGAUCUCCAACCCUGACUACUUUGAGGAUCUGCACCCCUUCCGCAUGACCCCUUUCACUGCUGUGGGGCUUGAGCUCUGGUCUAUGUCCUCUGACAUAUUCUUUGACAACUUCUUCAUCACGUCAGACCGGAAUGUUGCAGACCGCUGGGCAAGUGAUGGUUGGGGUUUGAAGAAGGCUGCUGAGAGUGCUUCUGAGCCUGGCCUGGUGACUCAGAUGCUGAGUGCUGCAGAGGAGCGGCCUUGGCUCUGGGUGAUCUAUGUGCUGACAGUGGGUCUGCCUGUUGUCCUCAUCUUCGUUUUCUGCUGUUCUGGCAAGAAGAAGACAUCACCUGCUGACUAUAAGAAGACUGAUGAACCUCAGCCAGAUGUGAAGGAAGAGGGUGAGGAAGAAAAGGCAGAUGAGGAAGAGGAAGGAAAUGAGGAUGAAGAUCAAACUGAGGACAAGAAGAAGAGUGACGCGGAAGACAGUCCAGCAGAGCCUGGACUUGAAGAGGAGGAUGAGGAGGAGGAGGAGGAAGAGGAGGAGGAGGGCGAGAAAAGCAAAGUUGAUGAGAAACACGAAGACGAUGUCCCGAGAAGGUCUCCCAGAAACAGGAAAGUGAGGAAAGACUGAAAGAGCCCCUCCCUUCCCCUAAGCCCUGAUUUUCCCACCCCUCUGUCACCCACUCCAUCCCACAUCCUGGAUGUCUUCUACCCAGCCUCACAGCAGUGACGACUGCAGCGUGGCACACUGUCUCCUUCAAGAUCAGUACAGAACAAUCAAGAACUGGGCCAACCUUGACAGCAAUGAGAAUGAAUAGAACUGGCUUUUAAAAAAAAAAAAAAAAAAGCGGGGCAAGGAGGUACCAUUUCUUAGCAGUGCAGCUGACUAACUUUGGAACUUGACCCCUCCCAUCACUUAAACCACAGCUUCUAACCGCUUCAGGCAGUAUUCAUUGACUGCUGAUUGUUUCAGACACUACAGAUUUACGUGCAAACCCUUGCGUGUUUUACUAGAAUUUAGGUAGCGCCACGUGUCUGAGUAUUUGGCCUGAAUGGCUGUAGAUUUAUGUGAAGGGCCACGUAUCAUAUCUUCUGGCCAAAGUUACCUGAAGGCUCUUAACACGGGCUGCAUGAGACGGAUUCUUUCUCUUAAGGACAAAUCUGUUGGUGUCUUACCAGUGUGGUUUCUCUCAUCUCCCCCCAGUCAGAAAUGCUUGUCAAGGUGCCGUUGCAGAUUCAGUGCCCGGUUGAAGUGUCGGGACAGAGGGUGUCAUCGGCAGCCCUCUUGGUUAGAUUGUAUUGCUGGUGCAGCUGUAGACUGUGGAAAUUACCUGAAUGUAAUGUGAGGGGUUUUUUUAUGAUGCAUUUUACUUUUUCCCGGAAUAUUUGAUUACGUUGUCUUUUGGUUUGGUAAUAAAGAAACAUGUUUGGAGGCUGGUACAAUUCUCUGUGGAGUAUAGUUCAUUGUAACUGUGUCAAAGAUCAGGAUUAUCAGCUUGGGUCAUCCACAUGAAGUAGGAUAUUGGUGACUUUUUUUUGGGGGGGGGGAGGGGGUGUUCCCACUGUGUACUGUGUUCUCCCCCAUUUGUAGAUGAGUCAGUCCCUGUUCGCAUGUUGAUGUCAUUUCCUGUCAGUGCAGAUUGUCGCACAGGAAAUAAUUGUCCAUCUCCAAGGGAGUCUACAGCCUCCAGGCUACACAUCUACAAUAAAAGAUACCUACAUCCUAAAUAAGCACAGAGUUUUCAUCUUUAGUCAACUGGUCAACUCCGAGGUUGUGCUUACACAAGGCAACUAAAGUCUCCUCAUGUUACUUAGAAAAUAUGCAUAAAUGUAAACCUCCGGCAUCAAGCCUGCAUGGAAAGGUCAAGAGAGUCACUUGUAAUGAUUGCAGGAUUAGUCUGAACACAGUGUUUGUCAGCUCUAAAAUUUCACCUUUUCUCUCCCCAUUUUGCAUAUGUCCAGGAGUGUGGGUCUAUCUGUUUCAGGUGUACAAUUUUAAUGGUGGGAAAGGGGUUGGGGGCAGUGCAUCCCAGCAUGCACGUCAAAACUGUUCUUUGUGCACAGGGUCAUUCACUGUGCCCAGUUUAACAUUCAUGUGAAGCAAAGGUGAAGCAGUGCUUCAAAAAGACUGUUCCCAGUGACGGUUCUUUUUCACUUUAGAGUUAGUGAACUGAGUUAAUGGAAGUUAGAGGACAAGUUUUUGAACCUUUGAUUUGUGGGAAACGUAACGAAAAAAGUCAGGCAUCCAGAGUGAUAACGCAGCACAUGGUUGGAGAGAUGCAUGUUGCUUCCUGAUGGCGACUCAUCGCUCCAUUUGUGGCUGGUUGCCAAAAACGUGUAUGUAUCAGUUUAACUAAUUUAUCAAGCACACUAGGAUAACCAUUUUAAUUCAUGUGUUAGCUCUGAUUUUAUGUCUUAGUAAAACUCUAGAGUGAAUUAAAAUAUUUAAAACCACGCUGUCAAGAAGAAAAGAAUCCUUUCUCAUGACUGUUAUGUAUGUUAAAUGCAGUAAACUAUAUAAAUGGACCCAUGCCAUUUUUUGCUGAAAAAUAAAGAAUGGAUAAAUGUCUAA